UAAGGAGUGAAACUCAGACUGGAGCAUUUUUAAGAAGCUCUCCUGAGAGGGAGGGGGGGGUGUUUUGGUCGCGGGGUAUUUUCCCCAAAUAGCAGAGCAGGGGUUAAUAAUCCCUCAUUUCUCGCGCACCUCUGUGGCAUCAGUACGCGGAAUUUCCAGUAUGCAUGAACACAAACUGGGAGCUGCUGUCUCCGGACCCAGCGCAACUUUCUGACUCAACUUCACGCUUUUUCUUUUUUCACAACACCUGACGGAUGUUUAUCAGAAAAUAUUGCAUUUAUCACCGCAGUGGAGCCGUUUAAACCGGUGAGGGAGGGGGAAGACUGCCCCUUGCAGAAAAUAAAAUGUGAGGUAUGUGAACCGCGUCCUGCUGCACGAGCCGCUUCAGUCCCGCUGACGACGUGACACCACUUCAUCUUGGAGCCGAAAACCUGAAUCAUCAUGGACAUGAUGAACUUUAGGAUUCACUGCAUUCUAGUGUUCUUCACUUUGUAUGUGCACGAGGGAUUAUCAAGGGAUUAUGAAGCAAACCUUGGAGCAAAUAUUCUUUUACAGAGAGUAAGACGUCAAAGCAAACCAACAAAACCAGUGCUGAAGGUGACGGACUACCAUGUGAGGUGUUCAGUGGUGUCCCGGUACGCUGUGACCACAGUGCAGAGUUCAGUGUGGAACCAGCUCCCCGUCACUAAGGAGGCUGCCUUCGAGGUGGACCUGCCCUCCUCUGCCUUCAUCUCCAACUUCACCAUCACCUCCAAUGGCAAGGUGUAUGUGGCCCAGGUGAAGGAAAGAGCUGCUGCCAGGAAAAUUUACGAUGUUGCUAAGAAGCAAGGAAAAACAGCCGGACUUGUUGCUACCAAAGAGAGAGAGAUUGAGAAGUUUCGUGUGGCGGUGAGCGUGCCGUCAGGAGCUCGGGUGUCCUUCUCUCUGUCCUACGAGGAGCUGUUGCCUCGUCGACUGGGCCGCUAUGAGCUCAGUUUGGGUCUGAGGCCGGGACAGCUUGUGCAGAACCUCACGCUAGACAUCAGUAUAACGGAGCGGACGGGCAUCAGUUUCAUCAAAGCCUUUCCUCUCAAGACGAGCCGGCUGCUCUCCAACACUGCUCAAGGUGAUGCAGUCGCUCCUGCCUCCACUCAUGUGGAGCAGAACGCUAACUGUGCUCGAGUUCGCUACAGUCCAACUCUACAACAGCAGAACAGCAUCUCGUCCAAAGGUCUUAAUGCAGACUUCAUCAUCCAGUAUGACGUGGACCUCAGAGACCUCAUGGGUGAAGUCCAGGUGUAUGAUGGCUAUUUUGUGCACUACUUUGCACCCAGAGGACUUCCUGUGGUUCCUAAGGAUGUUAUAUUUGUCAUCGAUGUUAGUGGCUCAAUGAUAGGCACUAAGAUAAAACAGACCAAGCAGGCCAUGGGCACCAUUCUCGGGGACCUCAGAGAGGGAGACCACUUCAAUAUCAUUACCUUCUCAGACAAAGUUCACACCUGGAAGAGAGGACGAACAGUCCGGGCGACUCGGCAGAAUGUACGAGACGCCAAAGACUUUGUGAAGAGGAUCAUUGCAGAAGGAUGGACCAAUAUCAAUGCAGCUCUGCUUUCAGCUGCCCAGCUCGUCAACCCUCCAUCCUCUGCCUCUCCCGAUCACCUCUCAUCCCGUCGUGUCCCUCUGGUCAUUUUCCUAACUGAUGGGGAAGCAACCAUCGGAGUAACGGCUGGAGACACCAUCCUUAACAACGCCAAGAAAGCUCUGGGCUCCUCCUCUCUGUUUGGCCUUGCCUUUGGCGACGAUGCAGACUUCCUCCUCAUGAAACGCCUGGCUCUGGAUAACCGAGGCGUGGCGAGGAUGGUGUAUGAGGAUGCAGACGCAGCCUUGCAGCUGAAGGGCUUCUAUGACGAAGUAGCCAGCCCUUUGCUUUCAGACGUCCAGCUGUCGUACCUGGACGAUCAGGCGUUCGACAUCACCCGCUCCAUGUUCCCGAAUUACUUCCAAGGCUCAGAGUUGGUGGUGGCCGGAAGGGUCAAACCAGGGGUCAAGGAUUUUAAGGUGUCAAUGUCCGCCACUGAUUCUAAGCAACGUGUCAAGUUGGAGAACGAUGUGUUGAUUUCUCAUGUAAAGGGGAACGGGAGUGCAGAUUCACUAGACUGCUCCGCAGGCUUGGAAGGAAUCUCCAGCUUUGUGCACCGUCUCUGGGCGUAUUUCACCAUCAAGGAGCUGCUGCUGGCCAAACUGAACGCUACUGACCCUGCAACUCAAAGGUUACUAGCAGACAAGGCCACCAACCUAUCCCUCAAAUAUAACUUUGUAACACCAGUCACUUCUUUAGUUGUGGUUAAGCCCGAUGCAGAUGAAGCUGCUCAAACUCCAACCACCGCAAAACCCACCACUGCAGCCACUAUAACCACAACGACUACUGCCGCUGCGAAGACGCCCAGCUCACCGUCCAACUCCAGGCCUAACAAAAAACCAGACCUUCCUCUGCCACCUCCAAAGCAAACUAAAAAAACACCAACUUCCACAGCCAAAGCAGGAGUUUCACCAUCUAAAAAAAACACAACAACGUCAAGUCCCAGCUCUGUCAAAACUGCCCCAGCUCCAUUCUCUGGUAAAAAGACGACUGCUUCCCAAAAUGAAUCUAAAACUGCCUCUCCUCUUCCUCCUCCUCCUCCUCCUCCUCCUCCUGCUGGUAAGAUACCCACCUCUCUGCUUAAUGCUCUAAAACCAGCUCCACCCCCUGCACCUGGAAAAGUCUCUACCCCGCAGCCCAACAGCCUGAAAACCACCACAACCACCACGAUGUUAACAUUCACCACCAGUACCACACCUCCGCUCGGCUCGGUCACAACCGACCCUGCACCCCUGCCUGGGAGACCCCUUACCCCACAGUCCAGCACAGUGAGCACAGCCCUGCCUUCAGUCAAAGGGACUGUGCCCUCCACAGAGGCCGAGCACAGCUUCACACCUGCUCCACAUGUGCCUGAAACCACCACCGCCGUGCCCCAGCUGUCGUCCGUCACCUCUCCCACACCGGUCCCGGCCCCGACUGUGGACGACAACAACACAGACCUGAGCAUCGCCACCUUUGUGUCGGCCACCUUUGCUCCCAUGCCUGGCGUAACAGAUGGGCCCCGUCUGUGGGAAGCAGCAGGGCUUCUGGAUGUCUCUACUUUCAUUCAGAGGAAAGAUAUCGACCUUGUGAAAGACUAUGAUGCAACCUAUGACUACGACUACGACCUCAGCUAUGAUGCCUGGGAUGAAACUGCAGACACGGGAUCAUAUGAUAGUGCUCCGUCCCGAUUGAGCACCGUCCGGGUCUUCUCCUCAUCAGUUGAUGGAGAUCCUCACUUUGUGGUCCAGCUACCAAAGCUGCAUCAGAACCUGUGUUUCACAGUAGACGGCAGAGCCAGUGAUGUUCUCAGGCUGUUAGAGGACCCAGAGAGAGGGAUAAUUGUCGACGGCCACCUAAUGGGAGCUCCCUCCAAGCACGGCGUAGAGGACCGCCCCCGGACCUACUUCGACCGGCUCACCGUUUCCUCAGCCACAGGCGGCUCCGGUGACAUCAUGAUCACCCUCUCGCUGGACGCCGUAGUGGUGGAAGGGGAAGGGCGGGAUAAACUUCCCAUCAAUCAGCAGGGGUCGGUGACGAGGCAGGGUGUGACGGUCACCGUGGACAACCAUUGGAGCUGCUGGAUCGAGCUGGCGAGGGAUGUGCGCUUCCUGGUUAUGUUCCAUCACUAUAAACACCCCAGCUACCUGCAGAUGGCUCACCUGGGUUUUUACAUCACAGAUGGGCGGGGCUUGUCUGCUUCAACCCAAGGCCUGCUGGGCCAGUUUCAGCACGCGGACAUGAGUGUCUCAGCGGUGAAGGAUUAUCUGGAUGAAAGUGCUCACAAUGAGGCAAUUUCAGCCAGGGGGAUCCUGAGGUGGGGAUCCGAGCAUAUGCCGGUCACCUUGCAGGACAAGACGCUGAAAGACACGGUGCGGAAACGCCACACGGGAAAGUGUUGGGUGGUGCCCAAGGCAGAGAUAGAGAGACUACUGGGUCAUCCAUACGAGAGCUACGUGGUGGAUCAUGUGUAAUCCUAGCCGAGUCUGCUCCGCCUCGGCUGCACAGCUCAGGUCACAGCGAUUAUCGUGGCGUGGCUUUUUUGGACAAAGGAUGAGCAAAGAAACUGGGACUCCGGGAGGCUGAAAUGACAAGUUGCAACACAUUGUCUACUAUUCUGUGAGGAGCAGUGUGGGACACAGGUGUGGUUAUAAAAGAGGAAAUGAGAGGGGAAGAGGUUAGAGAAGGAAGUACGGUUUGGCAAAUAUAGUGAAGGACUGAACCAUGCUGUUGUCCUCCCUCAGGUCAUUUGACUUGGAUUGAAGCUCCGUGUAUCUAUGACAGAGACGCCACGUUCUCCUGUUCGCAUGGCAACCGCAAAAUGUCCUUUUGUGCUGCGUCUCCAAAAUGUCUCGGACGCCAACUCCGCUCACGACUCGGAAUUAUUCUUAUAUUUCAUCGUGGAUUAAUUAUUAGGCAACAGCCAGAUUCUUGUAAUUAUUAAAACUGUAUCAAUAUGUAAGUUGUAUUUGUGUGUGUGUGUGUGUGUGUGUGUGUGUGUGUGUGUGUGUGUGUGUGUGUACGGAUUCCAUCUUCAAGAAGACACACAAAACAAAAUCAGGGUCUUUCCAGGUUUGCCAUGUGCUUUUUAUUUUUCUAUCAUUUCAUUCAUAGUUUAAUUCAUUUUAUUUGUUACACAAGACAUUAGGCAUUGCUCACAUACUAGUGAUCAAACAAGGACAGUAAGUUUUCUACUACUCAGCCUUUAACUAUUUCUUUUGUCAAUUUUAAGGGAUAUUGUCAAUAGUGGUUU